AUAUAAAAUUUCUGUUCAUUCAUUUUUUUUGUUGUUGUUUACGAUACUUACCUAACCGACUAAAAAAAAAAACAAAAAAAAAACAAACAAAAAGUCUCAAUUUUUCCGUGAAAGAUUUUUUUUUUCUCUUCCGUUCUCGAAAAAGUGAAGAAGAAUAUAAAGAAGCGGUGACAUGGAGGACAUGUCGUGUCCGGACUGGCCUUCGUCGGCGGAGACGACGGAGUCCAAGGACUGCUCGUCGGGGGGAGAAGGGGGACCGACCAAGGACGGUGACUCUGACAGCGCCGCGGGCACCGAGUCGGGGUACUUCCUGAAGGAGCCGCCGGCAUCGUCCUCCGCGGCUGACGUGUCCUCCGCUUCGGAGUCCUGCUCGCGCAAGAGGUGGACGCCCGGUAGGUCCAAGGACCCCCGGACGUACCCUCCUCCUUUUUGGACUUCGACCCAGAGGACCGCCCCCAGCUUCGCCGGAACCGUGCCCUACGUCGCCGGAGACGUCCUGCAGAAGUUCGAAGUCCCGACCGUUGCCUGCUCCGACGACGGAUCCGAGGUGUACGUGGGGAUGUACUCGGAUCUGCGAGAGCGCGUGGCGCUGUUGCAAGCCGGUCUGGACUUCGACGACGAGCGAGCCGUCGCGGCGCACCGCAAGCACCGGGACUUGGCUGCUUCCACGGGCUCCGUCGAGAAGGGUCUGAUGGGGCACGUCGCGUCGCUGGUGGCCGACGUGGAGGAGCGGCGGAGGCAGGUCAAGGACAAGUACAAGAACAAGUGCUGCUUCAACUUCUGACGGGACCCUUCUAUCUAUCUAUCUCUCCCUCUCUACCUCUGUGUGUGUCUGUGUGUCUCCUGUUGUCGCGUAGAGAAAUAAAUUCCGUGUAAGUAUCAACCA